UCAAAAAUCAGUCCAUAAAUUCUUUACCGCUCUCAAUCAUCAAAAUUUCCAAGUCACUUUCAACUAAUCAUGUGCAUUAGCCAAAAAUUCAGUGAAUUUCAAGUCGAUUGUCUCGAAGCUCAUAAUAAUUUUCGAGUACAGCAUGGAGCACAGAGAGUAGAACUAGAUAAAGAUCUUUGUGACUAUGCUAAGACAUAUGCUGAAUAUCUUGCAAAAUGUAAUAUUUUGGUGCCGAGUAAGAACUGUACAUUUGGUGAAAAUAUUUUCUUCAAGUGCAGCGAUCGCAAAAUUUAUCCCGAUGCUAUUGAGCCUGUCCUCAGUUGGUAUGACGAAGGAAGAAAUUGUAGUCCAAAGUAUCCAAGUAAAGAUAUAAAGCAUUACGCACAAGUGAUUUGGAAAAGUACACGAGUCAUGGGUGUUGCGUAUGCCUUGAAUAGCACAGAGACGAAGCUUUACGUCGUUGCUAAUUAUUAUCCACCCGGUAAUGAUUAUGCAACAUUUUGUGAUAACGUGAAGCCCGUCCGAAAGAGUUAUGCUAAAAAGAAUAAAUCACUUCCAUCGGUCGUUAAGAUUGUUUGACUCCUUAUAGCACCCAAAACAAUUUGAACAUCCAUUCCAUUCAAUUGUCAAUGAAAAAAAUUUUUUAAAGUACUUGAUGACUUACAAAAAUAAACAUCACAUUUUUACUACUCCAU